AUGAGCACCUCAAUAAUCAACAUUCAGCGUGACAGUAGGUCUCCAGUAGCCGUUGCUCCCCUCCUGACAUAUGAGCCUAAUCUUGGAUUCCUUUCUGCAGUCAUCAAGACAACUAUUCGCAAUGCAGUCGGCAACGACUGGAAAGUGUUGGUGGUGGAUGAGAACAGCAAAAAGCUGAUCAAUGGUGCCAUCAAAGAUGAAGAAAUCCUCAAUAUGAAUAUUUCCAAUGUUGAGCAGAUCGAUCAUCGACGACCCUUCAACCCGGACAUGGAUGCUUUAUAUAUAUUAUCUCCAGAGGCACAUGUUGUGGACUGCCUCAUGGCUGAUUUUGAGGUCAAACGAUAUCGAAAGGCCUUCUUGGUCUGGACUUCAUUCCUUGACCCGCAGCUGCGUGCCCGAAUUGACCGAUCGCAAAAUGCGCAAGAUUCAAUAGCUGAUUCUCGCAUUAUGAACAUCAACUUCUACCCUCGAGAGUCACACCUGGUCACUUUCCACGACCCAUGGAGCUUCCCAGUGCUCUUCCACCCCGACUGUAACCAUUUGAUUAGAAGUCAUCUUCAAGACCUAGCGCAAAAGAUCGUCUCGCUUUGCGCCUGCUUGGGCGAAUACCCAGUCAUUCGGUAUUAUCGGCCACGAGCCCCGACUCACGAAGCUGGUGUCCUCUGUUCUCACCUGGCACGGUUCAUUCAAACCGAACUAGAUCAAUUCGCGCAAUUCCAGCGGGACUUUCCUCCGCCGUCAAACCGCCCUCGGGGCGUGCUAAUCAUAGUAGACCGUUCUAUGGACGUUUACUCGCCGUUACUUCAUGAGUUUACAUACCAGGCUAUGUCACACGACCUGCUACCUAUUAAGGAUGGAGAUAAAGUUACAUACAAGACAAUUUCGAAUCAAGGAAAGCCGAAUGAGGAGGUGAAAGAAAUGGUGAUUGGUGAAGAUGACAAGAUUUGGGUGAAAUAUAGGCAUAUGCACAUGAGGGAUGUGCUGGAGAAACUUGGAGCAGAUUUCGCCCAGUUCAGAGCCGCGAACCCACAAUUUGCGGAAGACAAUGACAAAACCAACGUGAAUACAAUCAAGGAUAUGCUGGGUGGUCUGACCGAAUUUACCGAGGGCAAGGAUGCUUAUACACUGCAUUUGAGCAUGGCAGAAGAAUGUAUGAAGUACUUCCAGGCUCGCAAGCUUAUAGAAGUCAGCUCUAUUGAGCAAUCAUUCGCUACUGGCCUGGAUGAGAACUACAAAAAGGCGAAGAACCUCGCAGCGCAGCUUGUGCAAUUACUAGACGAUGACUCUGUCACUCCUCCUGACCGACUUCGGCUUCUGCUCCUGUAUAUCAUCUACCGGAAUGGUAUUCUAAACGGUGAUAUCCGAAAACUCAUGGCACACGCGCAGCUCGCAGGCAAUGACGGAAAUGUCAUCGCUAAUCUUGACCUGCUCGGUGUACGUUCUGAGAAGCCACUGAAAGAUGACAAACCUCCAGUCCAGCCUCUGUUCCACCGACGACCCCCCAUACCAGACUCCGAAGAACUCAGUCUGAGUCGUUAUGAGCUAGGACUUAAGCAAAUGCUAGAGGAGCAGAUCAAAGGCACGCUGGACCCAACCAUCUUCCCAUUCACAAAACCCCAUACGGAUCACGAUGGUGGCGCAGCCACCCAGGAAAUGAUAUCACAACAAGCAUCUCUACGUAGUGCCAAGCCUACGUGGGCACGCACUCGGUCCACCGAUCAACCUCGUCAACGCAUCAUCGUCUUCAUGGCUGGAGGUGCUACACACUCUGAGUCACGCACCUGCUAUGAAAUCUCUCAGACCUACGGCCGUGAUAUAUUCCUCGCCACGAGCCAUAUGCUCACCCCCGGGCUGUUCAUGCGCCAAGUUGGUGACCUCAGCGUCGACAAGCGUCGUCUAGACAUACCCGCCGAAAGACCGAAACCUACAGCCCCCGCUUUUCUAUUCGAGCGCGAUACACCUCCUGCGCCUCUGCCUCAACAAAUGAAGAAGCCAGUGGCCAAGUCACCCCUGCCACCACAAGCACAAAUGUCCAAUUUGUCUUUGGGCUCAAACGGCCACCAAACACCCCCUCCGUCCUCAGGCAGUAAAACCUCUCACAAGGACAAGAAACACAAAGAUAAGAAAGACAAAGACAAGAAAGACAAGGAGAAGAAGUACCGUUUCUUCUAG